AUGCCAAAGAUAUUUGAAAACAUUUCUAAAGCUUUCUUAAAAUUGAAAAAUGAAUUUGCGUAUCAGUUAGACAUAUUUGGUCAACUUCCUAGUUUUACAGUUCUUAAUAGAAGUAAAUACACAUCAAAAUUGGGAUUUUUAUUGUCCCUUUUGAUAGGAACUUUAAGUGCCUACUAUUUGAUAAUAGAAAUCACAUCGAUGAUUUCUAAAUCAAAGCCUUCAAUAUAUUAAACAGAAGUAUAAGUGAUUGAAACAGAUGUAAAAUUUGUAAUUAAUAACAUAGUCAUAUUAUCUUAACGAUCAGAAUUUCACACUAGCGAUAUCGAUUGCUAACCGCUUUUCUUAACCAUUAAUAGGAAUAAAUAAAUACUUUAACUUAAACGUUAGUCAGUGCACUAGAGAAAGGAUUAGAGAUUAGAUAACAGGAAAUUUAACAGUGACAUUGAAGUAUAAAAAUUUAUAAUUAAGAUGUGUUGAAAUGCCAAUAGAGCCUUGUAAUAUGUCUCAUUUUACUACAGAUUUAUAAAAAGAAUAUUUUAAGACAAUAAGAUUUGGAGGAGUUUAAUGUAUUAAUAGAGAUUAUUUAAAGAUGAAUCCCCCAGUAUAAAAUAUUUUAUAAUUUUUAGGUUUUAAAGGGUUAAUUCAAUGCUUUAGAAUAUAAAUAUUUGUAUAUACAAUUUACAACUUGCAAAAAUACCACAAAUUAGUAAAACUGUGCUCCUUAAGAAGAAAUAGAUGAUGUCUUAUAAGCUGGUCAUUAUAAUGUGUAUAAAACGGAUUAUUUAUCAUAACUUGAUCAUCCUGGAUAACCAUAUAAAUAGAUAAUAACUAAUGAAUUUACUGGGUUUUCAUCAAGCACAUCAAAAACGAUUGUAUAAUAGUAUAGAAUAAUACAAACUAAAACAGAUGAGGGAUUGAUUUGGGAAGAAGAAAAUAUUUAACGUAAUAUUUAAUAAACAGAAUGGAGAGAAAUAUCAGACUUUUAUAAUUAAUAAUAUUUAGUUCUUCAUAUUGUUAGAUUAGAUUUUAAGUAGACAAAUAACUUAAGAACAUAUAUUAAAUUAUAAACUAUUUUAGCAAAAUUAGGAGGAAUAUUGUAAAUAUUUAUAAUGUUUGUUGCCAUUAUUUCAAAACCAAUAAUUGAAAAUUUGAUGAAGUUAGAAAUAGCUAAUUCUCUCUUUCGAUUUGAUUAAUUAGAGAAAGAGGUAUAAACUUAAACAAAAACUUAAGUAAUAUAGACAGAAAGAGAAUUUUAGUCACCUAUGAAUAUCGAGAAUAAACAGAAUGAAAUUUUAAAUAAUCGUAAGAAUUAAAAGCUUAAUAAUUCAUUUAUUGAUACAUUUUUAAUUAUAUUUGGAUUAUAGAAGGAGAAAAAUUAAUAAUUUUUGAAGGCCAAAAAAAAAAUAAUAAAAAAUUUAGAUAUUGUAACCAUUUUGAAAAGAUUAUAAGAGAUUGAUCUUUUGAAGAAAAUCUUAUUUACUAAAGAGUAGAUUGAAAUUUUAAAAAAUUUACCACCACCUUUAAUUAAUUCAAAAGCCGUAGUUUGUUAAAGAUUAACAGAAGUAGAUUUAGAAAAAGAUAAUAAAACAAAUAUAUCUCCUCUACAAUGUUAAUAAAUUAAAUAUACUUAAUCUCCAUUCAUACCAAAAUUAAUUCCAGCUUUAUCGAAAUCAUAUAUUGAUAACCAAUUAUAAUAGUAUUUAGAUAAUUGUAAUGUAAUUUAAUUGUUUAAUAUAAAAGGAUUAAUCUAAAAACAAAGGUAGAUUUUCAAACAGUAUAUUAAGAAGUCCUUGUACUCCUGCAUCAAACAUUCAAUUAUACAAAUGUGAUGAAAUAGAUGAGCCAACUCCUUAAAAACCAAAAAAAUGA